CCGAGGAUCGUGUCUCCGGGACGCUCUCCCGUCAUCUACGUCGCCGCCCCGACCCCCGCGCCCCUGCACCUGUACAGCUACCACGCCACGCCGGCUUCAACGCCGGGGACCACGCAGGCCCAAGGCGGUGCCAGCCAGGCCGGCGAGUCGGCCCCGGCGACGCCCAAGCUGGAGGCCCAGGCCCAGGGGGCGGACGAGGCCCAGGGGGCGGACGAGGCCCAGGGGGCGGACAAGGCCAUACCGUCGCGGCAGUGCUCCGCGGAGGAGGGCGUCAGCGGCGGCCGUCAGGCGUCCCGCGAGCCGGAGCCGGAGGAGGAGCCCCACCCACCACCAGCGCCACAGGUCGUCGAUGCAGCACCGCAGCUCCCAGGGCCAGGUGCCGAUGCAGAGCCGCAGGCGCCAGCAGGCGGCGCCGGCGCCGUCGCCCGCCAGGCACUGGCGAGCGACGUCGGUCCAGGACCGCAGGCGCCAGCAGCCAUAGCACAGUGGGACGCGGCGGACAGUUUCCGCCUCUGCGGCGCUAGAGACACCGACAGAUUCAAGGGCAAGGUGGUGUUUGCAAGGAGGGACAAGGUCACCUCGGUGCAGCGCGCAGCAGAGGAGCUGAACAGGCCAGAUCCCAGCGGGAUGGAUGGCGGCGAGGACUGCCUCGCCGUCUUCUCGCAGGCACAGAACGCGUGGUACGUCCUGUGCAGGCGCGGCAUGAAGGAGCAGGUGAUCCAGAGGCUGUGGCCCAACGGACCUGCCACCAUGCCCCUCCUGGCGCAGCAGAUGGUGGAGCCGAAGCUGCCGCCCGCGAGCGACCCCGGCGCCGAGGACGUGCCCUCCUACGAGAUCUUCACCCCGCAGUGCUCCGAGAGCCCGCCGGUCCCGCCGCGGAGCGCCCCGCUGCCGCACCCGAUCUUCACCCCGCAGUGCUCGGAGG